GCUCAGUAAAAUGGCUGUAUCUCGGCGAGCCUCGUGCUGGUUUGGUCCGUUCCCUGCCUGUAGUCUGGCUCAGUAAUAGAACUCCCACAAUAUUUGUGUCGGUUUUUGCAUCUAAUGGGCUUCUGGAGUUCCUGAGCCGUUACCGUCACAUUGAAACCAGGGAUGGCUGCCGGAUCCGGUCCGGUUUAAGGUGUGGGAAUGAGUCGGGACAAAGAUAAAUGGUUAUAAACAAUUAUUUAUAUUAAAUGUUAGCGUUUGAUUGUGACUGACUCGCCGAAAGAGGGAGAGGGGGUAUCAUGGCCGCUCAGGUCGCCAGUGCCGCCACUCUCAACACUACGCCUUCAGAACUUAAAAAAUCGGAUCGAGACCCCAAAGAGGAGUCGGUACCGGGGGAGAAGCAGCAAGAAAAAAAGCAACCGGGAUUAGAGAGCGGAUCUCCGGGCCGGGGGGAUCUGCAGGACGGGGCCGAUGUUGGAAAUGCAGGGGGAGGAGGGGAACUUGAGAUGAAGAACGGGAAUGGGAACCCGCCCAGGGCUAAUAAUAAUCAGAAUGAUUCCAUCGGAUCCGAAGGGAAUAACCAUCCCGGGAUGGUACACCAUCACGGAUCCGCAUUUCCUCCACCUUCUUAUGGAUACAGUCAGCACUACGGUCGGGCCCCUUUUCAUCAACAUGGCGGACAACAAAGCCCUGGCAUGGCAGCUGCUGCAGGUCCGGCCGUGCAAUCGAGCAACAUGAUGGACCCAUAUCAGCCCAACUCGCACGACCAUGGCUUUUCGAACCACCAGUAUAACAAUUACAAUCCAUUCCCGAAUAGAACUCCUUAUCCCGGCCAAGGAUACGGCAUCAACUCUCCGCGCAGCGCCCUGCCUCCGACAGCUGGGGGACAGCCAGCAAAGCAACAACCAGCGGGAGGACCCACAUCUAUGGCUGGAUCUUACAAUAAUCAGAGAUAUAAUGUGGGGAACCCACAGCCAACAUCCACGCCAACCCUCAACCAGCUUCUAACCUCCCCAAGUUCCACGAGAGGUUAUCCAAACUACCCACCAAGCGAUUACAGUAACCAGGAGGGAGCUAGCAAGGGACCAACAGACAUGGGCAGCAGCGGUCAGUAUGGAGGGGGCAAUCCGAGUUGGCAACAAAGGACUCAUCACCCAUCGCCUAUGAGCCCUGGAAGUGCAGGGCAGCCUCUAAGUAGAAACCAGCCUCCUGGCUCCAUGGAUCCGAUGGGGAAGAUGAGAAGCCAGGCGUAUGGAGGGGGGGGCCCAUACCCCCAGCAGCCCCAGCAGGGCCCCCCUCCUGGGGCUCAGCAAGGGCCGGGCUACCCUGGCCAGGGCUACGGACCUCCAGGCCCCCAUAGAUACCCAGUGGGGAUGCAGGGCCGCACUCCUGGUGGCAUGGGAGGCAUGCAGUAUGGGCAGCAGAUGGCUUCCUAUGGACAGCAAGGACCAGGAGGUUAUGGGCCCCAGAGCCAGGGUCCAUACUACGGCUCCCAGGGCCAGGCUCCCCACCCUGGCCAGCAGCAGCCCCCCUACCCCCAGGCCCCAACCGGACAGCAGGGUGGACCAGCACCCUACGCUGGGCAGCCCCACCCUGGCCAGCAGCCCCACCCUGGCCAGCAGCCCCACCCUGGCCAGCAGCCCCACCCUGGCCAGCAGGCCCACCCGGGCCAGCAGCCCCACCCUGGCCAGCAGGCCCACCCGGGCCAGCAGCCCCACCCUGGCCAGCAGCCCCAUCCGGGCCAGCAGCCCCAUCCGGGCCAGCAGCCCCACCCUGGCCAGCAGCCCCAUCCGGGCCAACAGCCCCACCAAGGCCAACAGCCCCACCCUCCCCAGACUUCUGGCCCACAUGCCCAGGGUGGGCCACCCUAUCAGCAGCCCCACAUGCCCCCUCAAUCCCAGGGUUCAUUACCAGGCCCCUCCCAGGGGCCUCCCCAGUCUCAGCCACCUUACUCCCAAGCCUCGACCCCCCAGGCCGGCCACUCUCCUUACCCCCAGCAGCAGGGCCCUCCUAGCCAGCCGCCCCAGCAGGCGAGCUCCCAGGCUCCAGCCGGGGCCCAGGCCCAGCCCGGCUACCCUGGACCCACGCAGGGCCCCCAGGGUCCACAGCAGCAGGCCCAGCAGCCCACCCAACAGCAGCAGCAGCCCCAGGCACCGGCCCAAGGACCCCCCCAGCCUCCUCCAGGACACAGUCAACAUCCACAGACGCAGCCUGCAUCCUACGCUCAGAGUGCUCCACAGACGCAACAGCAGUCACCUUAUCAACGCUUCCCUCCCCCUCCACAGGAGGUGUCCCAGGACUCGUUCUGCUCUCCCUCCAACCAGCCCAAAAGUGGCUCGGAGGACGCCAGCAUGCAAGGCCGUCCAUCCAGCCUACCGGAUCUCUCAGGCUCCAUCGACGACCUGCCCACAGGCACCGACGGCGCUCUGAGUCCUGGCGUGAGCACUUCAGGCGUGUCCAGCAGCCAGGGCGAGCAGAGCAACCCUGCCCAGUCGCCCUUCUCCCCCCACACCUCCCCCCACCUGCCGGGCAUCCGUGGGCCCUCCCCCUCCCCCGUGGGCUCCCCCGCCAGCACAUCCCGCACGGGCCCACUGUCACCCGCCACCAUGCCAGGGACCCAGAUGCCCCCACGGCCGGCCAGCGUGCAGUCGGAUGCCAGCCUGCACCCUUCGCUCAGCCAGUCCCCCAUGGCCCAGGACAGAGGUUUCAUGCAGAGGAACCCCCAGAUGCCCCCUUACGGCUCCCCCCAGUCUGCCUCCACCCUGUCACCCCGCCAGACAUCCGGGGCCCAGAUGCAUCCUGGGAUGGGGCCCUAUCAGCAGAAUAACUCCAUGGCUGGUUACGGCCCUCAAGGGGCACAGUACGGGCCUCAAGGUUACCCUCGACAACCUGGCUACAGUAAUAUGCCUAAUGCCAACUACCCUGGCCCUGGCAUGGGUGGUCCUAUGAACCCCAUGUCAGGUCAGGGGGGCGGGCCGCCCUACGCUGGAAUUCCACCUGGAAGGAUGCCCCCAGGACAGAUGGGCCCACGGCCCUACGGCCCCAACAUGCCCCCCAGCAUGGGCCCCAACAUGCCCCCCAGCAUGGGCCCCAACAUGCCCCCCAACAUGCCUCCCAGCAUGGGCCCCAACAUGCCUCCCAGCAUGGGCCCCAACAUGCCCCCCAACAUGGGCCCCAACAUGCCUCCCAGCAUGGGCAACAUGCCACCACAGGUGGGCUCAGGGAUGUGCCCGCCCCCUGGCCUCAACAGGAAGGCCCAGGAGGCCGCAGCUGCAGCCAUGCAGCACGCUGUCACCAACUCCAUACACACCAGGAUGCCAGGUUACCCCAACAUGUCCCCUGCCAUGAUGGGCUCCGGCGCCCCCUAUGGCCCACCCAUGAACAACAUGCCGGGCAUGAUGAACACCCAGGGUGGUCCACCCUUCAGCAUGGGCGCUAACAUGGGCAACAACUCCAGCGGCUUGGCCCCCAGUCCAGAGUUUGGCCUUGAUGGGAAGAUGAACCCGGGUCAGAAGAUGAACAACAAAGUGGACGGGAGCAUGACCCCCAAGCCUGAGACCAAGUCCAAGAAGUCGAACUCUUCCACGACGACCAACGAGAAGCUGACGCGCCUGUACGAGCUGGGCCCAGAGCCUGAGAGGAGGAUGUGGGUGGACCACUACCUGGCCUUCAUCGAGGAGAAGGCCAUGGGCAUGACCAACCUGCCGGCGGUGGGACGCAAGCCCCUGGAUCUCUUCAGACUCUACAUGUCCGUCAAGGAGAUCGGAGGCUUCCUGCAGGUGAACAAGAACAAGAAGUGGCGAGAGCUGUCCACCAACCUGAGCGUGGGCACGUCCAGCAGCGCGGCCAGCUCCCUGAAGAAGCAGUACAUCCAGUGUCUGUACGCCUUCGAGUACAAGAUCGAGCGCGGCGAGGACCCGCCUCCUGAGAUCAUAACUGACAACAAGAGCAAGAACCAGGCCAAGGUCCAGCCACCGUCUCCAGCGUCCCUCUGCUCUACAGCCGGGUCAGGCUCCUUCCAGGGCCCCCAGACCCCCCAGUCUACCAGCAGCUCCAUGGCUGAGGGGGGGGACCUCAAACCCCCCACCCCGGCCUCCACCCCCCACCCCCCCAUGCAGCCUGGGCCUAGGAGCAGUGUGAGUCUCCAGGACCCUUUCUCUGAAGGUAGUGACCCUUCCUUUCCCAGGAGGAACUCGAUGACCCCUAACUCUGGUGGGCACCAGUCGGGGAUGAGCACUCCAGAGAUGCCAGGGCGCCCCGGUGGCCCCUACGAGCCGGGCAAGGACCCCUUCAGCGCCAUGCGGAAAGUCGGGGAGCAGUUCCUGCCUGCCAGCCAGGGCCCUACCAGCGGGCCAGCAGAGCAGCAGUUCCGUGGCGGGCCUCCAGGCCCCAUGGGGGGCAUGCCCAUCAGCCAGAGGCAGCAGUACCCCUACGGGCCAGGAUACGACAGGAGGCCAGAGCAAGGCAUCGGCCCGGAGGGUGGAAUGGGGUCCGGCGCGGGGCAGACCAGCCUGAUGCCAGCCAACACCGACACAGGGAUGUACUCGCCAAACCGCUACCCGGCACAGCAGCAGCGGCACGAUUCCUAUGGAAAUCAGUAUCCUGGCCAAGGUACGUCCCCUGGUGGCUCCUACCCCAACCAGCAGGCAGGAAUGUACUCGCAACAACAACAACAACAACAACAGCAGCAGCAGCAACAACAGAACUACAAGAGACCAGUGGAAGGGGGCUAUCCUCCUGCGAAGCGUCACGAGGGCGAGUACCCGUUCCCUGGCAGCCAGCCGCAGCCUCAACAGCCGGGGGGCACCACAGCUCCCCCUUCAGGGCAGCCCGAGAACUACACCCAGUUCAGCGGCAGCCCCUACGCAGGCCCUGACCGACGCCCGCCAUGCCCCCAGGGCCAGUUCCCCUUCCCCUUCGGCAGGGAGCGCAUGCAAGGGCCCUCUGGGGCCAACGCCCAGACCGCCAUGCCUCCUCAGAUGAUGCAGCAAGGCCCUGACGGCCCUCAGGGGGGCAUGUGGCCGGGGCGGGGGGAGAUGAGCUACCCCAACUACCCCAACCGGCCGGGGGCCCCUGGGGGCUCUGGGCCCCCUGGCCCCGGCUACCCCGGCAUGAACCGCAGCGAGGAGAUGAUGUCAUCAGAGCAGCGUAUGAACCACGAGGGGCAGUGGGGGGGCCCGAUGGGCCCCCGCCAACCCCCCUACGGCCCCGGGGGGUCGGGCCCGCCCAUAACACGCCCCCUGCAGUCCAACUACCAAUCGCCGCAGGGCAUGCAGAACCACAUUCCGCAGGUGUCCAGCCCCGCCCCAAUGCCCCGCCCCCUGGAGAGCAGGACGUCGCCGGGUAAAACUCCCUACAUGCACGGCGGCAUGAAGAUGCAGAAGGCCGGCCCCCCCGUGCCUGCGUCUCACAUCGUGCCCCCCUCGGCGCAGUCCCCUCUGAUCCGACGGGACAUGCCUUUUCCCCCGGGUUCCAUCGAGGCCACCCACCCCAUUCUGAAAACACGCCGACGCCUCACCAUGAAAGACAUUGGGACCCCCGAGGCCUGGAGAGUGAUGAUGUCCCUGAAGUCUGGCCUGCUGGCAGAGAGCACGUGGGCCCUGGACACCAUCAAUAUCCUGCUGUACGACGACAACACCAUCUCCACCUUCAACCUCAACACGCUGCCCGGGUUGCUGGAGCUGGUGGUGGAGUACUUCAGACGCUGCCUGAUCGAGAUCUUCGGCAUCCUGCGGGAGUACGAGGUGGGAGACCCGGGGCAGAGGACCCUGCUGGACCCCCAGGCCCUGGACCGAGACUGGGGCAGCACGGAGGACGACCUGCCCGAGCUGGAGGAUGUGGAGCAGGUCGACGAGGACGAGGAGGAAGACGAGGAGGAAGGGGAAAAAGAGAAGGGGUCGACGGAGGAGCAGGCCCGGGUGAAGGACGAGGACGAGGCGGAGCCGUGCUCGGGACCUGGGGGCGAGGAGGAGGAGAAAAAGGAGGAGGAGGAGGAGAAGGGGGCUUCGCCCGAGCAGCCGAGCUCAUCGCAGCCGCCGGCGGCCCUCCAGGAGACGCCCAAACAGGCCAGCAAGUUCGACAAGCUCCCCGUCAAGGUGGUGCGGAAGAAGGAUCCGUUCGCCGCCAGCCGCUCGAGCCGCCGUGGGCAGGUGCAGGAGUUUGACAGCGGGCUGCUUCACUGGAGCGCCGGCGGCGGGGACUCCACCGAGCACAUCCAGACGCACCUGGAACGGCGGGAGGGCUACCUGGAGCCGCGGCUGCGGGUGCUCGUCCCCAUGAAGGUCCUGAAGAGGAGGGCGCCGGAGGAGAUGAUGCUGGACAACGUCCCCCUCAUGGAGGAGGAGGAGGAGGAGAAGGAGGAGCCCAAGCCGGCCGAGACGCCGGCCGAGACGCCGCCCUCCGCGGCGACGCCCUCAUCCGCCUGCACCGAGGAGCGGGCCGCGCCCGAAGGCGCGGAGGCGGACGACGCGCCCGGCCGCGAGGACGCCGCGAGCCGCCGCGAGAGCGACGUCCUCCCCCCCGGCGACGACGAGGACGUCUUCUUCCUGCCGAAGCGGGCGAAAGCCACGGGCACCGUCCUGGAGGACGAGCCCCACAGCAAGGACGAGGGCCCCCUCCUCACGCUGGCCAACUGGCAGGACUCGCUCGCCCGCCGCUGCGUCUGCAUCUCCAACAUCGUCCGCAGCCUCUCCUUCGUCCCCGGCAACGACCAGGAGAUGUCCAAACACCCGGGCCUGCUGCUGCUGCUGGGCCGCCUCAUCCUGCUGCACCACCGCCACCCGGAGCGCAAGCAGGCGCCGCUCACCUACGAGAAGGACGAGGACUCGGACGAGUCCGGGGCGAGCCAGAGGGACGAGUGGUGGUGGGACUGCCUGGAGCUGCUCCGGGAGAACACCCUGGUCACUCUGGCUAACAUCUCCGGACAGCUGGACCUCUCGGCCUACCCCGAGAGCAUCUGCCUGCCCCUCCUGGACGGGCUGCUCCACUGGGCGGUCUGCCCCUCGGCUGAGGCCCAGGACCCCUUCCCCACCCUGGGGCCCCACAGCGCCCUCUCCCCUCAGAGACUGGUCUUGGAGACCCUCAGCAAGCUGAGCAUCCAGGACAACAACGUGGACCUCAUCCUGGCCACGCCGCCCUUCCGCCGCCUGGAGAAGCUGUACGGGACUCUGGUGCGUCUGGUCGGAGACCGGAGGAUAGCGGUCUGCCGGGAAAUGGCGGUGGUCCUGCUGGCUAACCUGGCCCAGGGCGACAGCGUGGCAGCCCGCGCCAUCGCCAUCCAGAAGGGCAGCGUGGGGAACCUGCUGGGCUUCCUGGAGGACAGCCUGGCCGCCACGCAGCUCCAGCAGAGCCAGAGCUCGCUGCUGCACCUGCAGGGGAUGCACUUCGAGCCCACCAGCGUGGACAUGAUGCGGCGGGCCGCCCGGGCCAUGCACGCCUUCGCCAAGGUGGAGGAGAACCACUCUGAGUUCACGCUGUACGAGUCGCGGCUCCUGGACUUGUCCGUGUCGCCGCUCAUGAACUCGCUGGUGUCCCACGUCAUCUGCGAUGUACUCUUUCUGAUCGGCCAAUCAUGACAGCUGUAGGGAGCUGUUGCUCCACCUUCUCCGGGUUCGACCCCACCCCCCUGCCCCUUUCCUCUCCUCGUCCACCUGGCUUGUGUGCGUCGGGGGCAGGGUGGGCUAGAGUGACUGAUUUUUUUAUUUAUGCAAACCCUUCAGAUUUCCAUUUUCUGGGCCCCUCCCCCCUGGCCGUCUUGACUCAAGGAGAGCAGCAGUGGAUUACGAACCAGAGACUCUGUAAACUGACACUACGUGUAACAGGAAUGCCAACCAGACCACCUGGUCGAGAAGGCAGUUCUGCUCUCGGGGAGGGGAGGGGGGGGGGGGGGGUCGGGGCGAAGUACUUUUUAAAUAAAGAGAAAUAAAUUAAUUAAUAAAUAGCUGAAAAAACAAAAACUGUAACCAAAGUUGCUGUCUCGUUUACAGUGAGUUUUUGGAAAAAUAUGUGUGCCCUUGCUUUCCCCUCGAGGCUGAAACUGGUUCAUGUUCUGAGGCGAGGCAGACUUAGGCGUAGCGCUCGGGUGUAGCUGCUGUAACUGGAUUCUUAUCUGUCAGCCCCUACAGGAGACAGCCGGCCGUUAACAGGCACAUUCACCGGGGAGGCCUGGGCAGUGUGCAGUAGAUCGUAGGACAUUUUCUGUACCGUACUGCUCUUGAGUGUAAGCAUUCUGUAUCACAGUUUCACAUACAGAGACACUGGCAAUGCAGUUUGUCUAGAGUUAAAAGGUCACAUUGGUUUGACGUUGAUGACGAGAGUAAAAAAAACAAAAAAAAUAAGUCUUUCUUCCCCCAAAGUAUGGAGAAUCGACAACACCCUUACCUCCUCUCUUUAGCCCCUGAUUGUAAGAAUUGACCCUUAUGAAAAAUGAAAGAAAUCGCCUCGUAGGACUGGUUUUUGACUUCAGAUACAGCUUUGCUGUGGUGUAUAUAUGAUGUUGUACAUUACACUUCCUUUCUGUGUCCAUCUCUGUCUGUGCUCACUAUUCUCACACUUGUUGGUGAGGGAGGGGAGGUGGACGCCUGGGGGAGGUUCCUGGCCCCUCCCCUAGUUCCAGCUGAUGGACCCCCUUCUCUGGUCUCCACGGCUACUUAGUGCGACAGACACGGCUCAAACCUGUUAACUCCUGGUACAACGAAAAUAAACUCUAGAUGAAGAAAUACACAUUUGACAGUUCUUUUUCUCAAGUCAUAUGGAUUCUGCAUAUUUGUAUCUCAUACUAUGUAGCUCAUAUCAUGUAAAUUCCUCCCUCUUCCUUUUUGAGGCUCGAUGAAUAUCAUUUAUUCAGUAUGAAAUCUUUAUACUAUAUGUUCCACGUGGUAAGAAUAAAUGUACAUUAAAUCUU